CUUGCCACGGACUGUGCCAGGGAGACCAACGACACCUGGUUUGCCCUGGUCAGGCUGGGCGGCCUCGGGGAGGGGCCGGGCACCCGCGUGCUGCUGGCGGAGAACGCCGUCAGCUCCCAGAACAUCUCGGUCACCCUGAAGGUGGAGGAGCCCAUCCGCGGGCUGCGGGCCACCCCGGACCCCGAGAGCAGAGUACUGCUGAACACCUUUCAGAGCUACAUCCCUGUGAUGGAAGCUGGGUCAGAUGUGACCUUCCGAUGGACAGUAGAUGAUAAACCAUCUUUCACUUUUUACAAUGUUGUCUUCAACGUUAUCUACCAAAGCCCUGCUGUGUACAAGCUCUCGCUCACCGCCUCCAACCACGUCAGUAACUUUACGGUCAAUUACAAUGUGACAGUGGAGCUGAUGAACAGGAUGAAGAACCUGACUGUGCUGGGUGUCCUGCCAGCCCUCCCUCAGAACAGCCCCGUGGAGCUUGCGGCGAGGGUGCGGGUGGACUCCGCAGUGGAUGCCAUGUUCCUGUGGGAUUUUGGAGAUGGUGUCCAGGAGACAUACCUGUUCAAACCUCCCUACAACAAGUCUUUCCUUGUUCCUGAUCCCAGCGUCCAUGAGGUUGUCAUUGAGCACAACGUUUCACACGUCUAUCAGGACCCAGGCGAGUACACGCUGGUGGUUGUCGUGUCCAACCAGUUUGAGAACCUCACCCACCUGAGCCCAGUGCACAUCCACAGUUACCUGGUCGAUGUGAAGAUGGAAGCAGAGGAGGACGUGCUGGUGGUGAGCCGCCCGGUCACCUUCAGAGCCCAUCCGCUGCCAUCUCCUUACGGCGUCGUCUACACCUGGGACUUUGGGGAUGGGUCCUCACUGUUCUCAGAGAGCCACUCUGCAGUGACACACAGCUACCCCCGGCGAGGGGUGUACAACGUCACCGUGACGGCCAACAACACCAUCAGCAGCGUGGAGACGGUUGAGUGCUACCAGGUGUUUGAGGAGAUAACCGGGCUCCGUGUUUCUGUGGAUGAGGCAGCAGAGGUGGGGGCACCUGUGACCCUCAAUGCCUCGGUGCAGACUGGGGACAGCAUCACCUGGACGUUUGACAUGGGGGAUGGGACAGUGCUGAGGAGUCAGGUGCCAGUGGUAGAACAUGUCUACGUGAAGGACAUCAACUGCACCGUGAACGUGACGGCCGUGAACCCGGUGAACUCCGUCUCCCAGGCCGUGCCUCUGUGGAUAUUUGUCCUGGAAGUGCUCAAAAUAGAGCCGAGUUCCUGCAUCCUGGAGCACCCCGAUGUGCAGCUCACCGCCUACGUGACGGGGGACCCUGAGGAGUACAUCUUUGACUGGACUUUCGGAGAUGGCUCCUCCAACGUGACGGUCGGUGGGGACCCGGUGGUGACGCACAACUUCACCCGCAGCGGCACGUUCCCGCUCUCCCUGACUCUCUCCAGCAGGUUCAACAAGGCUCACUACUUCACCAGCGUCUGCGUGGAGCCCGAGAUCCUCAACGUCACCCUUCUCCCCGCCAAGCCCUUCGUGAGGCUUGGGGAAGAGAGCAGCUUCCAGGUCAGCGCCCUGCCCCUCUACCAGUACCGCUACCGCUGGGACUUCGGGAACAACGAGUCCACGAGGUCGAGUGGGACUGAAGUGACCUACACCUACAAGAACACAGGGGUCUUCCUGGUCACGGUGACCGUCUCCAACAACGUCUCUUUCAACAACGACACGGCGUUUGUGGAAGUGCAGGAGCCAGUUGGGGGAGCAAAGAUUGAGUAUAACGGCACCGACGUUUUGGAGCUGAACCAGAUCUACCUGUUCUCUGCCAGCAUGAAUGGAACCAAAGUGAGUUACUGCUGGGACUUUGGAGAUGGCACCACCCAGCCUGGGCAGGUCGCUGCCCACUCCUACAACAGCACAGGGCACUACACUGUCAGUGUGACGGGCAGGAACGACGUGAGCUUUAACGAGACCGUCGUCGGCGUCACGGUGAAGCGGCGGCUGCAGGGGCUGACCAUCAAUGCCAGCAGGACUGUGGUGCCAUUAAAUGGCUCGGUGAGUUUCGUAGCCACCCUGGCAGCUGGCACUGCCACCCGCUACUCGUGGAUCCUCUGUGACCGCUGCACGCCCAUCCAAGGCUCCUCCACUAUCUCCUACACCUUCCGCUCCGUGGGCACCUUCAACGUCAUCGUGACGGCGGAGAACAAGAUCAGCUCGUUGCAGGACAGCAUCUAUGUCUACGUCCUGGAGCAGAUCGAAGGCCUGCAGGUGGUGAGCAGUGACCUGGUGGAGGACCUCUAUUUCCCCACGAACAAAACGCUCCAUCUGCAGGCAGUGGUCAGAGAGGGAACAAACAUCUCUUACAGCUGGGUCGCCCAGCGGGAUGGCAGCGCUGUGCAGACCUCCACUGGGAAAACUUUCUCCUUGACCAUCCUAGAAGCUGGAAACUACACUGUCUACCUGAAAGCCACCAAUAUGCUGGGAUGUGGAACUGCUAACAGGACGCUGGAGUUCGUUGAGAGCAUUGGUCUUCUAAAGCCUCACGCCUUCCCCAACCCAGUUGCUAUUAAUGCCUCUGUUAACAUAAGUACCACCAUAACCAGUGGCACUGGUGUCACCUAUGUGUGGUACCUCGGGGAUGGCUUCUCUCUGGUGACCUCUGAACCCUUCGUUCUACACUCCUUCCAAAGCCCUGGGAUGAUGGAGGUCAUCAUUGGAGCAGAAAACAAGCUGGAUUCAACCAACGCAACAGUUUUUGUCUGUGUAGAGGAGGUCAUAGAGGGGCUGAGCAUAGGCACUGCAGAACUGGACUGCAGAUACGUCUCCUCAGGCUCCACGGUGGUCUUUGAGGGGGAGCUGCAGAGAGGGACUGAAGUGACGUGGCUUUGGGAGGUGCCCAAUGGCACGUUGAGUGGCCAGUCCGUGGCGGUCGCGUUCCCCACAGCAGGGUUUUAUACAGUCUAUCUGAACGCAUCCAACGACAUCAGCUGGGCCUUGGCCAGCAGGAACAUCUCAGUGCUGGACAGGAUUUCAGCAGGAAGGAAGGUGGUGGAGCCAGGGGAACGGGUCACCUUCGUCAUCAGGAUGUUGUCGGGGACCUCUGUGAGUUACUUGGUGAGCAUAAGUGGGGACUACUCCGUGGUGCUCAACGGGUCCAAGUACACCCACGAGUUCACCAAGAGUGGUGAUUACUUGGUGACAGUGACCGUGCAGAACCAGAUCAGCAUUGCCCACGCCCAGGUGCUCAUCUCUGUCCUGGAGGCCAUCCGUGACGUCAGGCUCCUGAACUGCUGUGAGGAAGGGAUACCCACGGGCACAGAGAAGACCUUCAGUGCCCAGGUGGGGAGUGGCUCCCGCGUGUCAUUCUCCUGGCAGUUCUCCCUGUGGAAAGAGGAAGGUCGAUCCGUGGUCACUGUGGCAGGAGAGAGUGUUUCCUACACCCCAGAGGCUGCAGGGCUGCUCCAGAUUCACCUCCAUGCCUUCAAUGACUUGGGAGGUAUCAAUAUCACCAGAACCAUCCAGGUCCAAGACCCAAUAGUCCACGUCUCCCUCACUGCCUCCAAUGCCUUUGUCAACAGGACAGCACUGUUUGAAGCAGCAGUGGUGCCCAGCAGCAGGAGUGUGGAGUUUUUGUGGACCUUUGGGGAUGGCUCUUCCACUCAAAUGACCAGGGUUGCAGUGGCCAACUAUUCUUACCUGAGUCCUGGGGAUUACCUGGUGGAGGUGAAUGCCACCAAUCUCAUCAGCUUCUUCAUAGCCCACCUCACCAUCACUGUCAAAGUCCUGGAGUGUGAGGAGCCAGAGGUGGAGUUGGCCUUGCCCCCUCAGGUGGUCAUGAAGCGGUCCCAGAGGAACUACCUAGAGGCACAGAUUGACCUCCGAGGCUGCAUCAAGUACCAGACAGAACAUCUCUGGGAGAUCUACCGAGCACCCAGCUGCAUGAACUUGGAUGACUCCAGCAGGAUCCAUUUGCCAAACGUUGAUGUGAACAGGCCCCAGCUAGUUAUACCCAAGCUCGCCCUGGCAGUGGGGAACUAUUGCUUCAUCUUCAUCGUCUCCUUUGGAGAUACCCCACUGUCCAAAAGCAUCUUUGCCAAUGUGACUGUGAUACCAAGUAAGCUGGUCCCAAUCAUUGAUGGGGGGUCCUACCGUGUAUGGUCCAACACUCAGGACUUAAUCUUGGAUGGGGAGAAGUCCUAUGACCCGAAUUUGGACGACGGUGAACAGACGCCGUUGUUGUACGAUUGGUCUUGUACCUUCUCCUCCAAGAGCUCGGCUGCAGGGUGCUCUCUGAAUUUCAGUGCCAAGGAAGGAAUUGUCACAAUUUCCAAAGCUGCCCUGGAAGCAGGUGUGGAGUACACCUUCGACCUCACUGUCAGGAAGGAGGGCAUGAGCCCCGAGGCCACCAACCAAACCGUGUUCAUCAAGAGGGGGGGAGUCCCUAUCGUGUCCCUGGAGUGUGUUUCCUGCAAGGCUCAGUCUGUCUACGAAGUCAGCAAGAGCUCCUAUGUCUACCUGGAGGGGACCUGCCAGAACUGUCACAACGACUCCAAGCUCGGGAGAUGGGUGGCACACAGCUUUAAAAACAAGUCUCUCAUCCUGGACAAAACCACUACCUCCACUGGCGACACGGGGAUGAACCUGGUGCUGAGGCCAGGGGCUCUGAAGGAUGGGGAGGGGUACACGUUCACCCUGCACAUCACAGACCUCACGACAGGGGAGGAAGGAUUUGCCUCCAUCGACCUGCUCCCCAACCAGCCGCCGGUGGGGGGGUCCUGCUGGCUGUCCCCCCAGGGACCCCUCCGGGCACUGAUGGCAAAGGUGCACUUCAAGUGUGCAG